GCGUCAUGACGUCAUGGCCGUCGUGCUGUCGUUGGCAACGGCGGAGGCUGGAGCGGGAAGCAAAUAACAGCUAUGUACGGUGGAACGAGCUGCUGUUUACACGGUACCGGGAAAACUGGAAAGCCCCGCAUCUUAUGAUGUGAACAAUAAAAGGUUAUGUUUUGCUUUGAGCUCUGGAGAAGGCAGAAGGAACUUUCCCGGUUAUUUAGUUAACUGUCUCCUUGCUAGCUAACUUCCAGACUGGGAUAUCAACAGGUGGAUUUUCUGUUUGCUGCAUUCAUCAAUGGCCUACAAAGAUUGGCAGCAUCCCUACGUUAACAUAUUCAAAUAUGUCCGAGUUGAAGAGUGGAAGAGGUCGGCAAAAGAGGGGAAUGUGUCGGCAUACACGGAUAAGACACUGAAGUGUCCGGUGUUCAGGAUCAGGGGCCCUGUUCCUGCCAACAGCUACAUCCUGCUUCCCAAAAACAGCAGCCAGUCCCUGGGGCUGACAGGACGCUUCUUCUACCUCCUCUUCAGGCCGACCCCCGGCAAAUACUUUGUGGUCCACCUGGAUGUCGCUGCAGGGGAAGGCCAGGUUGUCCGUAUUUCCUUUUCCAACAUGUUCAAGGAGUUCAAGUCCACAGCUACAUGGCUUCAGUUUCCUUUCCUGUGUGGAGCUGCAAAGGAUUCAGUUUAUGAAAACACAGCUAAAUCUGCAAGACGGGGUUUGGUGGGUCCAGCUCCGACAUCAGUGCGCUGGACGUGUCUGAUGCUGGACCUGCAGCUCACGCUUUCUGACUACCUCAGCCGCUCCUACAGUCACCUGAAGAACAUCAAGUUAUGUGCCAACAUGACAGUGAAAAACAUGUUUACUAGUGACUUACUGCUAGACCCAGGAGUUUCCUUCAGUCAAGCUAAGUUAAUGGGUCUGACCUCGUCUCAGGGAACAGGUGCCAUACCCAGAGAGAUGUCAUUUCCUGUGCCCAAGGGAGGCUCCUGGCAUGACCUGUAUGAUUACAUCAGGUUUCCCUCUGAAGGAACAAAGUUACCAUUUGACUCCAUUCAAAAAGGCAGUCCACAGUCAGAGCACCGGUCUACUCCCAGCCUCAGCAAACCAGUUCAAGAUCGUGUGUCCCUCAUCCACCAGAUCACCAGCCCAAAAUUACUAUCAAGAAAUAACACCCCUGUGGUGGCCAGCAUACCUGAGCUGGGUGUAGUCUCCACUCACCAGAAUGACCUGUUGGCAUCCUCCGGUUCACACAAACUCGCGUCCAGGCCGCCUUCUGAGGCUGAUGAUGGUGGAGUUCAUGUGUAUGUGCACGCUGAGGAAGGCCUGAGCAAACACGGGGAAGAAAGUGAAGAUGAGUUUCCAGUGUGCACUCCUGUUCCACGGCCUGUGGGUCUGUCACUGUCCAGAGAAGCCAAACAGCAGAAGCUGCUCCCAGAUCCGAUUCUCAGGCUCAAUCGAAUCAUUGGCUUUGGAGGAGCUACUUUUAAAUGUGCCCUUUGGUCCAAAUCAGGUGAUGAAGUGGUGUAUCCGUGCCAUGCAAUUAUCGUCUCUAUGAAGAUAUCCUCUAACCAGCAGAGAUUCUUCAUCGGCCACACCGAUAAAGUGUCUGCGCUGGCUUUUAAUGGCAACACAACCCUCCUGGCCUCAGCACAAACUGGCAACAACAGUGUAGUUCGGGUGUGGAACUAUAACAAAGCAAACUGUAUGGCCAUGUUCAGGACUCAUGCACAUUCGUUAUCCUGUCUUAGCUUCUCCUGCGGCGGUGGUAUUCUCUGUGGAGUUGGUAAAGAUAAGCACAAUAAAACAAUGGUGGUGGUGUGGAACACUCUGAAUGUUAGCAAAGGUGGAGAGGUGUCCAUCUUGGCCAAAACGCACACAGAUGUGGACAUUCACACCAUGAAGGUCGCCUUCUUUGACGAUACAAGGAUGGUGUCAUGUGGUCUGGGAAAUAUUCGUCUGUGGCGAGUGCGGAAUGGCACACUGCGUUCCUGUCCAGUCAACCUGGAUGAAUACCAAACACUGGAUUUCACAGAUGUGGCCUUUGAGGAGGGAAACUCUGACGAGCAGCAUCUUGAUGAUCGAACACUAUACGCCAGCACUCGGAGUGGGCAUAUCUUUGAAAUAGACUACAGCAGCGUUGUUAUUAAAAAUGUGAGGAGGCUGUUACCUGCACAGAUGCAACAUGCUGACCGCAGAGAGAAAUGGACUUUUAAUACAGGUCCAGGCAUUGCCAUCAACAGCAUCAGUGUGUCCUCGUCAUUCUGCGCCACAGGCUCUGAAGAUGGCUUCUUGCGGCUCUGGCCCUUUGAUUUUUCUACAGUCUUCCUGGAAGCUGAGCACGAGGGACCUGUGAGCAUGGCGCUAAUCUCAUUUGACAGCCUUCGCGUCCUAGCUGCCACCUCUACCGGUAACCUGGGCUUCCUUGAUGUGAGCAGCCGUGGUUACAACACACUGAUGAGAUCACAUACAGACACUGUGCUCGGCUUCAGCGUCGACGGCAUUCAUCGGCAUCUCACAACAGCCUCUUCUGAUGGCACAGUGCGAAUCUGGAAUAUGGAUUCCCUCCACCAGCUGUAUGAUUUUGUGUCGGAAGACAGCCCCUGCUCUGUAGCCUUCCAUCCGGGGGAGCAGAUCUUCUCCUGUGGUUUCAGCUCUGGCGUGGUCAGAGUCUUUGCAAUCUCCAGUGCCAAGCUGCUGGCGGAUCAUAAGCAGCACAGAGGUGAAGUGGUGGGUCUCGCCUUUUCUCCAGACGGCGAGUUCAUGUACAGCGCCGACUCACAGGGGUCUCUGGCACUUUAUAACUCCUCUGAGGAAGAGCACAGUGUCAUCAAAGUUGUGUGUAAUGUGGUGGCUCGAGGCACUGAGCGCGCUCCAGACGCGCUCACAGUAAGCAGCGACAGUCGCUGCCUGGCUUUUGUCGGUCCCUCGGAGUACACUGUCACCAUUGCUGACGCACGGACUCUUGAUGAGCUGCUACAUGUAGAUGUCAGUAUUUUGGAUGUAGAGAGUCCCCGUCUGGAUUCUGCCCUGAAGGUCUGCUUCCCUCCGGCCUCCACCAAACACUUGUUGGUUGCCACAUCUGGUAACAAGAUCCUCUGGGUUUGCACCAAGACAGGCCGCCUCCUCCGAGAGCUGUCUAAAGUGCAUAAACACCACUGCUCGUCCCUGGCUGUGAGUGACGAUGGUCGAUUCCUGCUGACAGCCGGACAUAGCGCUGUGAAAGUGUGGGAUUAUAACAUGCAGCUUGAUAUUAACUCACAGAUGUUCAUAGGCCACAGUCAUCCUAUUCGCCAGCUUAGCUUCACCCCUGACCAGCUGGGAGUGGUCUCAGUUGGGGACGCCAUAUUUCUUUGGGACUUCCUGGCAAAUCCUGUAAACUCUUCAGCUCACAGUUGCUCACCUUUCAAAAUAAGCUACGCUUCGGCUCCGAAACUAGACGCUGAAGUUGAUGAUAUACAAUUGUCCAACGGUAUGCCUCGAAAGACGGCGCCGCUCCCUUCCUCACCACCACCACGACUGGACAUCAGCGGCAUUGACCGGGUUGGCCACCGAGAUUUGGGGUCCUUGUCUUCUUGUGGUGACACCUCAGCAAAGACAAUCCCAACUGCAACAGCACCAGAGACUGGUUCAGGUCUUUCCUCUGAUCCCAGACCUGCUGUCUCCUUCCUCAAAGUGACAGAUCUGAUCAACGGCUCUCCCCUAAAUAGCAGCUAUAUGGACACUUCUGAGUUGAAACAAAAGAAGCCAGUACGUCCAGACUGUUACAAGCACUUUAUCCCACGUUUCAAGACCUCAUCACUUGAUCAGUCUGUUGUAGCUCCAGAUGCGCAAGAAGAAGGCAUAAAGCUCAAAGCAGUGAUUGGCUACAAUGGCAAUGGGCGUGGCAACAUGGUGUGGAGCCCCGACCAAGGUUUAUUUGCAUACUCUUGCGGAUGUGUGGUGGUCGUGGAGGAUCUUCAUACAGGAAGUCAGAGACACUUGCAGGGCCACAGAGAAGAGAUCUCUUGCCUUGCGGUUACAAAUGAUGCACAGACUAUAGCAUCGGCUGGUGGCACUAACUCCAGCAGGAGCCUUAUCUCCAUUUGGGACGUCCAGAGUGGAACGUGUCGUCACAGUGUCUCCUACCACAGCGGCGCCGUCCAGUGUCUUGCGUUUUCCCGGGAUGAUCGUUUCUUUCUCUCUGUUGGAGACUUCUCUGACCCGGAAGUGGCUCUGUGGAGCACUAGGAACUUCCAGAUGCUGUCAAGUGUAAGAGUAUCAGGACCAAUCCACGAUGCUGCCUUCAGCCCGUCAGCAGCCAGUCAAAUGGCCUGCGUGGGCACCGAUGGGGUAUACUUCUGCUUUAUCCAAACACAGGGCCAGGAUGCAGACCUCCAGGUCCAGAGGGUGAACACACCAGCAGAGGUGGGUGAUGUGGAGCUGACGGCUCUCUGCUACCACAUGGAUGACUUCCUGUUCACCGGCACAAACCGAGGACAUGUUUGCACCUGGGAUGUUAGAACGCAGCGCUGCUUAAUGACCUGGGAAGCCGACGAAGGAGAAAUUGGUGUGCUGCUGUGUCGAGGGAACCGCCUCCUCACAGGCAGCAACACCCGCUGGCUGCGACUGUGGGAGGUAGAAGCGGUUCAGAGCUUGAAGGCUGAGGAAAAGGGCAGAGGUGUGGAAGACAGUGGGACAGCAGUGGUGUUGGAGCAAGAGAUAAUGCUGGAUGGGGCAACAGUGAGUGCAUCGUUCGAUAACACAAUGGACAUGGGGAUCGUUGGAACCACGGCAGGAACCCUCUGGUACAUCAACUGGUCAGAUAACAGCAACAUCCGACUGGUCAGCGGCCACAAAACUAAGGUGAAUGACGUAGCGUUUAGCUUUGACGAGAGCCACUUUGCCACCUGCAGCGAGGACGGCAGCGUGAGGGUGUGGUCAACCUUGAGCUAUGAGCUGGUGGUGCAGUUCCAGGUGCUUAACCAGGCUUGUGACUGUGUGUGCUGGAGCCCUUUUUCCAGUGCAGACAGCACGUACGUGGCUGGGGGAUACAGUGACGGGACUGUAAGGAUCUUUCGGCUCGCCUCAACAGAGAUGGAGAUGAAGCUACAUCCCCAUCACGUGGCGAUCUCUGCCAUCCAGUACUCAGCUAAUGGUCAUGUGAUCCUUUCAGCUGGGAAGAAUGGUCUGGUAGCAGUCAGCAGCCCGGUAAAUGGAGCAACUAUUCGAGUCAUAAAGGACCACAAAGGAGCGAUGAUCACCACAAUCCAGUGUGUGAAUGAACAGUGUAAAAAUUUUGGGCUGGAAGGAAAUGACCUGUGGUUGGCCACGAGCGCUGACAGGCGUGUCAGUGUGUGGACUGCUGACUGGAUGAAGGACAAGUGCAAUCUGCUAGACUGGCUGUCAUUUCCUGCUCCCGCCCAUUUCACGGGUGACAGCCUGCCACCCAGCAUGGCUUCCUUCUGCCCAGCAGACCACAGCCUGGUGGUUUACACCGGCUACGGAGUGGAGAAAGAGCUGUCUUUUUAUAGCCUCACUAAAAAACAGAUAAUCAAGAAAAUUUCCUUGCCCCACUGGGCCACAUGCAUUAGCCUGUCUUCUAAGAGUCAUCUUGUAGCUGUGGGAUCACAUGAGCGAGUGCUGAAGCUGAUCAAGUCAACAAGUGGCAGGUUUCAGGACUUCUUGCAGCACAGCGACUCACUGCAGACGUGCCAGUUCUCUCCCUCUGGGACACUUCUUUUUUCUGUGGCUUAUAAUGAGAUCCUGCUGUGGGAAGUGCGAGGCCUCUGACCUGAUCUGUGCAGGCUCAUUAUUUUUCACCUAGGUUUUAUGUUUUUUUUUAUGUAACCCUACUGUUUCUUAGAUCGUUCCAUCAGUUAAAUAGUUUUGGUAGAACCGGUGUUGUUUGUGGAAGAUUUGUUGGAAGAUUUGUCACAUGAGUUUUUGACUGAAUCAUUUUUUAUAUGUAUGUUUUUGAAAUAUAAUAUUUUUUAUUCAA